AUGAAACUGUCCCUUAACCGGCUGUCGACUGUCACGCGUCACGCCAUGUCCACAUCUGGUGCUCCUUGGUGCGUUACUGGAGGGUCGGGUUUUCUGGGGUCUUGGUGCGUGAAACUGCUGCUGGAGGAGGGCUUCACCGUAAGGACAACCACUCGGAGCGCCGAGAAGGCAUCAUACCUCAAGAGCUUACCAGGCGCUGAGCGGCUGACGAUCGUGGAUGGAGUAGAUCUGCUGACCCCAGGAGCGUUUGAUGACGCCAUUCGGGGCUGCAGCCACGUGCUGCACACCGCCUCCCCAUUUUAUUUCAAAGGGGGUUCUGAAGAGAAGCUUGUCAGACCAGCAGUGGAGGGGACGCGCAACGUAUUGAACUCUUGUCACAGACUAGGUGUGAAGAAAGUCGCUCUUACCUCUUCAACAGCGAGCGUGUACACAAAUUAUGGAAGUCUGCCAGCCGAUCACGUCUACACAGCGGAGGAUUUCUCUCCAGCGGAUGUGCUGCGGGAGAAGGAGAACUGGUACUGUUUGUCGAAGCUGUUGGCCGAGCAGCUGGCUUGGGACAUGAGCAAAGAGCCUGGCUGCCCGUUUCAGCUUACAGUUCUGAUACCAACUCUUAUUUGGGGUCCCAUGCUGCCCGGGCAGCCACACAUGAACACGUCGGCGAGUAGCCUAGUUGGCUACAUGGACGGCAGCCUCAAAGUGAUCGAGAAUGCUUGCAAGACUGUCGUGGAUGUUCGCGACGUUUCCCGAGCCCACAUUGAGGCAGUCCGAGGUGAGUAUGGUGGACAGCGGAUUCUUUUGAUUGGGGGGUGCCCUCAUUUCAGGGAGGUGGCUGAGUACGUUCGCGAGGCUUUACCGGAAGACUUGAAAGCCAAUGUGCCCGAGGAGUUGUCAUCCGAACUCGGUCCAACCGUGAUGGGCCCUGCACCGCCAUUGCCUGUUCUGUAUGACGUCUCGCCAGCAGAGAGACUCCUUGGAGCAAAGUUCAAGUCUGCUCAGGAGCAGGUCGAAGCAAUGGUUCAGUCGAUGCUGAAGAAUGGCUUCCAGCGGGCCGAUCAGUACGUACCAGACAAGUAA